UUCCUGCGGGGUGGGCGAGGGACGCCAUGACAGUCGUCGUAUUUUCUGUGAAACCGCGAGCACGUAUCGCGCCUCGCCGGCGACGUUACCGUGAAAUUAUCGCGCGGCUUGACGUCGGACACGGCCAAAAAGCGGCGCACCGUGUCCCGGCCGGGUCGGGUCGGCCGUCGCGGUACUCGAGAAGACGCUGGACGAGGCAGCGUGGCCAUUAUCGGCGAUUUGCUUGUGGGCGGCCGUGGCGAGGUGAGACGUCGAGAGAGGCGGCGGUGAGCGCGAGCGACGGUGCGAGAGAGGCAGGCCUGCCGUCUGCCGCCCUCCCCUCUACGCCCCUGAUCCCCCCUCCCCCUCGCGCGCGCCGUGCGAGACGGGACGAGCGUCUCCCCGUCCCGCUGUGUGUGGCGCAAAGGCGAGGAGGAGGCGGCCACGGAGCCGACGAGGAACGACGAUGCGAGAACCGCCAACGGCACCGUGCACCACGAUGAACAAUGAAGUAUAUGAGAAACAUUUAAUUAAUAUCCUUCAGUGAACAAAGAUGAAUAGUGAGCAGCAUGCAUUGCCAGCGACUACGCAGGCACAACAAGAGGAUGUAAACGCGGGUCAAAGUGGUCGUCCUUCAUACCCAGGUGGUUUGGCUACCGCGACCAGCCUUGGCAAUGUAGGGAGUACCCCUCAUUCGUCCGCGGACCUGCGUGUAGGUACAGCCGUAGCGUUAGCCUCCUCGGUAGCUAAGUAUUGGGUCCUCACCAAUCUGUUUCCCGGACCGCUACCUCAGGUCUCGGUCUACCACCAUUCCCACCACAACUCCUCGCAUAGGAGUGGUGGAGGUGGAGAGGCAUCCUCCAAAGAGCCAGCCUCUUCACUGAACCAGGAAAUGGCGUUGACUUCCAGCUCGCAUCAUCAGUCGACAGCACCGCAUCAUCAUCAUCAACCUUCGGUUAGCAGCAGCAGCCAUCACAGUUCCCUGUCCUCGAAUCCGCAGAUACCGGUAUCUCUACCUGGCCUGAACUUAGACGGCGCACAUAUCCCAGCGAGCGUUAGUCACCUGCAGGCCGCGCAUGCACAAAUGCAACAGCAAAUGCAGGCGCAACAGCAGCAGCUGCACCAGCAGCAGCAACAGCAGCAGCAGCCGCCGCCACCGCCGCCGCAGCAGCAGCAGCAGCAGCAGCAGCAGUCUUCCCAUCAUCAGAUGCAGAAUCACCAAAAUGCCCAGAACAAUGGACCGACCGCACACAGUCAGAGCGCGCAGCGAGACGACAACAAGGUCAAGGACGAGGGCGGCAGUUGUACCACCGAACGCUGCAGCGACAAUCAGGUUCACUGUCAAGUUCAAUGCGAUCUGCAAUUACAACCACCGCAAGAUCUUCAACAGAGCUUGAUGCAACAGCAGCAGCAGCAGCAACAACAGCAGCAGCAACAGCAGCAGCAGCAGCAGCAGCAAAUCGGGGUGAACAUCAGCGGCAAUUCCACUACCGAGGGCGGCAGCCAAAACAAUUCUGAGAAGCCCGAGAAGGAGAAGGAAUUGCGGCAACUUAAUAUGACACAGUUUCAAGUUCCUGACUUGAAGCCAGGUGGACACAUGAUGGACGUGAGAACGGCGGAUGGCUCGGUCGUGAAGAUUAGCGCUGGAAAUGAGCAAGACCUGGCGAAAACACUUGGCGUCGAGAUGGUGCAGAAUAUGUACAAGGUGAACGUCGAGGAUAUUAACCAGCUGUUGGCGUAUCACGAGGUCUUCGGCAAGUUGCAGAGCGAAAUUGCCGCUGGAACGACACUAGUAGGUAGCACCGUGCCUACACAAACAGUUACCACAAUACAGAAUGGCACGCCGAUCGUGCAACAAGUCCAACUGAACAAGUUCGACAUUAAGUCGAGCGACGGCGAAGCGACGCCCGGCCCGAGCGCCUCGCCCGUGUCAGUCGGCAGCCACUCUUGCGAAAUAUGCGGCAAGAUCUUCCAAUUUCGUUAUCAAUUGAUCGUACACCGUAGAUACCACACAGAGAGAAAACCGUUCACGUGUCAGGUGUGCGGCAAGGCGUUCUCGAAUGCGAACGACCUAACGCGUCACGGCAAGUGCCACUUGGGUGGAUCCAUGUUCACUUGCACAGUUUGCUUUCAUGUUUUCGCGAACGCGGCCUCGCUCGAGCGUCACAUGAAGAGACACGCCACUGACAAGCCGUACAAUUGCACGGUUUGCGGCAAGAGCUUCGCACGCAAGGAACAUUUGGAUAACCACACCAGAUGCCACACUGGCGAGACGCCAUAUCGAUGCCAAUUUUGCUCGAAGACAUUUACCCGAAAAGAACACAUGGUAAAUCACGUUCGCAAACACACUGGUGAGACUCCACAUCGAUGUGAUAUUUGCAAGAAGAGCUUUACUCGCAAAGAACACUUUAUGAACCAUGUUAUGUGGCAUACAGGAGAAACGCCUCACCAUUGUACAGCCUGUGGCAAGAAGUAUACGCGCAAAGAGCACCUUGCUAACCACAUGCGCUCGCACACAAACGACACGCCGUUCCGUUGUGAAAUAUGCGGUAAGUCGUUUACGAGGAAGGAGCACUUCACGAACCACAUAAUGUGGCACACGGGCGAGACGCCGCACCGCUGCGACUUCUGCUCGAAGACGUUCACGCGAAAGGAGCAUCUCCUCAACCACGUUCGCCAGCACACGGGUGAGUCUCCACACCGAUGCGGCUUCUGCUCCAAAUCGUUCACCAGAAAGGAACACCUUGUUAACCACAUCCGCCAACACACAGGGGAGACGCCCUUCCGCUGUCAAUACUGUCCGAAAGCAUUUACGCGGAAGGAUCACCUGGUGAACCACGUCAGGCAGCACACGGGUGAGUCACCGCACAAGUGCCAGUAUUGCACCAAAUCCUUCACGCGGAAGGAACAUUUGACCAAUCACGUGCGUCAACAUACAGGCGAAUCGCCACACCGAUGCCACUUCUGCUCCAAGUCAUUUACUCGUAAGGAGCAUUUGACGAAUCAUGUGCGCAUCCACACUGGCGAAUCUCCACACAGGUGUGAGUUUUGCCAGAGGACGUUCACCAGGAAAGAACACCUCAAUAAUCAUCUCCGUCAGCACACCGGAGAUUCCUCACACUGUUGCAACGUGUGCUCCAAGCCGUUCACAAGAAAGGAGCAUCUCGUGAAUCACAUGCGUUGCCAUACUGGUGAACGUCCGUUUGUGUGCACAGAAUGUGGCAAAAGUUUCCCGUUGAAGGGUAAUCUCCUAUUUCAUAUGCGCUCGCACAAUAAGGGCAACAACGCCGAGAGGCCGUUCCGCUGCGACCUGUGCGCCAAAGAUUUCAUGUGCAAAGGACACUUGGUCUCGCACAGACGCUCGCACUCGGACGAGCGACCGCACAGUUGCCCGGAUUGCGGCAAGACCUUCGUCGAGAAGGGCAAUAUGCUGAGACACUUGCGCAAGCACGCGGCCGAAGGGCCGCCGACGCAGGUCAGCACCCCGUCGGCCAUACCGCAGUCUGGCGUUCUGCCGAUACCGGCAGCGGCGGUACUUGUGGGACACCCGUUAGCACCGCCGGCGCCACCGGUAGUGCCGCAGCACACGGUAGUCGUGCCCACUCCGCCGGGCGUACUGACGUCGUACUAA